AUGGCACAGAAGUGGAAGUGUGCGGCUUGCUACUCAGUCAACGACAAGACAGACUAUCACUGCCGCAACCGUCGCUGCUCCAUGAACUACCAGACGAACAACCAGAGAUUGAAAGAGGAAGAGCAGCGACGGGCUGAAAGGGAGAAGAACACCAACAUGGCAAAAGAUCUGAUCUCAAAGACCAUGAUGUGCACCAACGAGUUCGCUCAUCGGCAUCCACAGUUCUCUCCCCCACCUAUUGCCCGAGAUAUGCAACGAUACAAGGAUAUGAUCUAUAAGCAGACGAUGGAGGUGGCGGAGUUCCCGUUUUAUUGCUGA